AAUAGCAAGAAUUAAAAGAAACGUUUUUCAAAAUGUCACAAAAACUUCAUCAAAUUUAAUCUAAUUCGCCUUUUUUCCCUUCCAUUCGUUAAUCACUCGCGAACUUAUCGAAAAUAGGUUCUGUCUGCGCGCAUUCCUAUCACCGUGUGACCGCAACAAUGAGUGAUUCAAUGCAAACACGACGCGAUAAACCACAAACGCUCAGUGGCAUUGAGGCAACCAAAGCGCUCAAUCUGCAGCAGCCAGCAAGUGCAUCCGUUGUGGCGGCCCAAACGGACACUCAAACAGCGGAAACGCAAAGUGACACACAAAAUGCUGAAUUGGCAGCGAAUUUGGCGCGUAACCGGGCGCGGUCGCGUACGGUCGGUAGUCGCGGCAAUGUUGAUGGCGGUGGCGGUGGAGGUGGCAUUGGCACUGAAACGGAUACGCGUGAUGAGCGCAAGCAUUCCUGUGAUGGUGUGGUAAGCAUCAGCAGUACUGGCAGUGGCAUCGUUGGCGGUGCAGCGGGCGGACAUUUCGGCAGCGGCAGUGGUAUAGAUGAAUUCGCCAGCACAGAUAGUACGCGCCGUCGUGAAAGUCUCAACUAUGAGGACACUAGUCCAUGUAGUCACAGCUUCAAUAAGGCAAUUUUUGGGCGCACUGCACACACAAGGACUGGCGUUGGCGGCGUGGGUGGUGGUGGCAUGACAAGGAAAUGUGUGCUCACGUUGGAUGGAUAUUCCUAUGUCAUAGUUGCCAGCACACCAGAAAGCAUACCGAAACGCGAACGUGACGAUCUACCCACCGGUGGCAGUGGCACAGCACCGUCGAUUGGCUCAACAAGUGGCAGUGUUACAAACGAGCGACGCUUGAAGACAGACAGUCCCACUGGUAGCAGCUCGGCGGGUCCAAUUGGCAGCGGUACGGCAAGUGCCGGCGGCAUAUUUGCUAGUGAGGAAAUACAUAGUACAACAACAAGUACAACAGCGCAUGCAACCAGUAGUAGCACUGUUGAGAGUGUCACCAUAAAUGGUCAAAUUGGAAGGCACGGCUCGCUCACCAUUGUACGCCGUUCGAAUAGUCGCAAGAGUUUUAUACAACUUGACGCACAACAACAGCAACAACUCACAUCACCAUCCACCGCUGCAACAACACCAAUAGGCGCAUCAUUACACACACAACAACAACAACAACAACAACAGCAACAACAACAACAACCAUUUGCCGGCGUAACCGCCGAUUUAGCUGCACAAUUGCUCAGCAACAGCAGUGACAAAAAGUUUGCGCAACAACAAACGCCCAGCCAAUUGCCAACAGCUCCAACGAGCAGCACUGACAAUCGCGCAACAACAGACAGCAACAAAAAUAGCAAUAAUAGCAAUAGCCAGUUUGAAGGAAGCUCAAAAGUUUUUGCGACCCCAGCAACAAACGUCUCAGCCAUUGGUAACACGUGCCACCAGCUACGACAAGCGAAUAACGCCAGCACUGCAGGCAACACCAACAAAGACAGCACAGUUAGCUGCAUCAACGAUAACACCAACAAUCGGAGUCCAGGAUUCGCCGCCAAUAGUAACAUAGUAACCGCCACCACCAGCUUUAGCGUUGCCAACAGCGAAAUGCAAUCGUCCGCACCGAGUUCACCGAAUGCCGGCAAUUUCCGUGCGGCUACACGCGACAAUGCCGAUAAUGAGCGGGAUGCGGAGACGGUCAGUGCGUCGGGCGCGAGUUUGGACUUGGCCACGGAAAAUUUACCAGCUGUCGAUACACCGGACGCAUGCGAUAAGGCGGCUGUGAGAUUACGCUGCUUAUUGCAUUUAAUAAAUACCGGCGAAAUCUCGAAUGAUAUUUUGCAACGCAAUCUUCAUUAUGCAGCACGUGUGCUCGAGGCCGUCUUCCUCGACGAGUCCAAUGAGCAGACGCGCGAAGCGAGUAGCAAUGGCAAUUGUAGGAAUGUAAAUUGUUGCCAACGCAGCCACGACCAGCACCAGCAGCACAGUUGUAGUGGCGAUGGCGGUGGCGGAAACGUCACUGGCGCUGAUGGUAGUAGUUGUAGUCAUGGCAAUCAAGAUAAUAAUAAUUCGUGCAACAGUUGUAAUCUACGCACUGAUAACCAACAACAACAACAACAACAACACAGUAAUGCGUCUGACAAUCAAACCAGCAUCGAUAGCCGCACCAAAGGUGUAACAUUAGCGCCCCAAACGCAUAGUGGACCCACUGGACCGCCGGAUACGAUUUUAGAAGCAGAUGCGGAAACAGAAGCAGCAGCAGAAGCGGAUACGAAUACGGAAACAGUUAUGUCAGCGACAGCGACAACUGAUGCGGUGGCACAACUAACACAGGCGGAGGGGAAAGCUGGUGAGUUGGAGUCGUCAACGACAGGUGCUACCAAAGUUACCAUUGCAGAUAGUAAGAACGAGAAUCAGUGUAGCGGUGGUGGUGAUGGCGGUCAGAGCGUCGGCAGCAGUAGUAGCAGUAGUAGUAAUAAAGCAACCAUGCAGAGGCAAAGGCGUCUGCGCACACCGGUCUGGGCGAGGUCCAUGUCGUCGACGAACAAAACACGCCUCGCUGACGAAGAUGACGAAUUAUCCGAGGUGCAACCGGAUGCUGUGCCACCGGAGGUGCGUGAGUGGUUGGCCUCCACUUUUACGCGGCAGUCGGCGACCACGCGUCGACGCACCGAUGAGAAACCGAAGUUUCGCACUGUGGCACAUGCCAUACGUGCCGGCAUAUUUGUGGAUCGAAUAUACCGUAGCGUCUCACGUACGGCGCUCAUGCAAUUUCCGCCUGAAGUUGUCCAAAUACUCAAGAACUUGGACGACUGGUCGUUUGACGUGUUCGCCCUGGCGGAGGCCGCUGGUGGGCAACCGAUCAAAUACCUCAGUUACGAUUUGCUCAAUCGCUACGGCAUUAUUCACAAAUUUAAGAUAGCACCUGCCACUUUGGAAUUAUUUUUGAAUCGCGUCGAAGAGGGCUACUGCCGCUAUCGCAAUCCAUAUCACAACAACAUACACGCGGCCGAUGUUACGCAAACGACACACUAUGUGCUCUGCCAGACGGGCCUGAUGAAUUGGCUGACUGAUUUGGAGAUAUUCGCCACAUUACUUGCCGCACUGAUACACGAUUUCGAACAUACCGGCACCACCAACAACUUCCACGUGAUGUCCGGUUCUGAGAAAGCGCUACUCUAUAAUGAUCGUGCCGUUUUGGAGAAUCAUCAUGUGAGCGCCGCUUUUCGUUUGCUUAAGGAGGAUGAUUGUAAUAUAUUGGUGAAUUUAUCACGCGAAGAAUUUCGUGAAUUUCGCACACUCAUCAUUGACAUGGUGCUGGCCACCGAUAUGUCCUUCCAUUUUCAACAAUUGAAAAAUAUGCGCAAUCUACUCACGUUAAACGAGGCGUCGGUGGAUAAGUCCAAGGCCAUGGCUUUGGUACUCCACUGCUGUGAUAUUUCUCAUCCGGCAAAACGUUGGAAUCUCCACCAUCGCUGGACGAUGUUGCUGUUCGAGGAAUUCUUUCGACAAGGAGAUUUGGAGCGUGAACUGGGACUGCCCUUCAGUCCCAUGUGUGACCGCAACAAUAUACUAUUUCCCGAAUCACAAAUCGGCUUCAUUGAUUUCAUUGUCGAGCCGAGUUUAUCGGUAAUGUCCGAUAUGUUGGAGUAUGUGUUGACACCGCUGGCGCCCAUGUGCAAAACCUCGAAUGCCAGCAUCGAUGCGGGUGAUGCGCCGGUAGAUGGCGCGGCUGCAAGUACACGCCAGAAAGCAGAUGGGGAAUGUAGCACGUCAGCUGCAGCGCAACCUGACGAUGGUACGGCGAAGCCUAGUGGCGCAAAACCGACCCCGAAAUUUAGCAUACGAAAACCAUGGCUGGCUUGUCUCAAUGAAAAUAAGAAAAUCUGGAAGGAACAGUCGCUGAAAGAGGAAGCCGCACGCAAUGAAAAAGCUCAACAGGAAAAGGAAAAGGAGGGUGAAAGUGAGGAAUAAAAACUGGGAAUUUAUAAAAAAAAACAGUUGAUUUAAAUAAGGGCAACACCAUAUUUUGGAACUGAAUAGAGACUAAACAUGUGUGAAAUGUGUAGAAAAAAGAACAACAAAGAAAGAAACAUGUAGUUACAAAAUAUUUGAGAUAAAUACAUACAUACAAAUAUAUUUAAGUUAAUUACUAAUUAAUCAUUAUUUUAUAAGCUAACACCAUAUUGUAUGUAUACAUUCACCGUUAAAGCGAUUGCUCGUUGUUGAAGCGGAUACACAGAAUGCAAGCAUCUUUGUUAAUACGCUUUAAUAUGUAAAAAAAAAAAUAUUUAAAAAAAAAAACAUUAUUAAAAUAUUGUAAAUAUAAUAAAUUUAACUUAAAUCAACUUUUUUAUGUACAUAUGUAUGUAUAUGUGCUUACGCAAACAAAUGCCUGCAUAGUUGUAUAUCAUUAUAAACAAAGGCAUAAAAAGUUCAAAUAAAUCAACAUGCAAACUUAAACAAAGAAAAAAACAAUUAGAAAAAAAUGAAAUAUUUCCGAAAUGAGAUUAUGUAAAUGUGUGCACAGCGACGGAAUUCGUUACAGAACCAACUUUCAUUUACUUUGGCCAUAUAUAUCGGCAUCAAAGCAACAAAGCGAGAUCAUAAGUUAAAUAGCAAAUAUGGCAAAACUAAGCAAAAAUAGUUUUCACAUCCAUAUUUCUAUAAGCAUGUACACAUACUUGCAAACUACAGUACAUAAAUACAUACAAUACAUACAUAGAUGUAAAUAAUAAUUGUAAUUAAAUACAUUUAAUUACA